UUGGUAGAGUGCCGUGGCCUCACACAGUUUACAGCAACCUCCAACUCCUGGGCUUAAGCGAUUCUCUUGCCUCAGCCUCCCGAGUAGCUGGGACUACAGGCGCCCGCCACAACACCCAGCUAUUUUUUUUUGUUGUUGCAGUUCGGCCAGGGCCGGGUCCGAACCCGCCACCCUCGGUGUAUGGGGCCGGCACCCCACCAACUGAGCCACAGGCGCCGCCCAUCUUUCUAUUUCUUUAGUGGAGACGGGGGUCUCACUUUUGCUCAGGCUGGUCUCAAACUCCUAAGCUCAAGCAAUCCACCUGCCUUGGUCUCCGAGAAUGCUAGGAUUACAGGCAUGAGCCACCAUGCCAGGCCCAAAGCCCCACUUUCUGAUGAAUAUGGGGUCUACAAGGAUUUGCAGCCACCUCCACUCUCUGUGGGCUCCAGAACCCAUUAGUCUCCCUCCGUAUCUUACUUUUCUUUCCACAAGCAAAUCUUGGAGUAGUGAUUCCCUUUUUAACUCUCCAAGAGGCACCAAAUGGGUGGGAAAGAGCUAUGUGAUCCUGACCACUGACCCCAGCAAGAAGAGGACCAGGCUGUGUCAUCCUGGCCAGAUUUGACCCUGGCUCUUCUCUUCUCGAAGCUUCUCUUCCUGAACAUAUAAUACCUAACCCCUCUUGACAGGAAUUUAGUUUACAAGUUAGGAGAGAGGGGAGGUGAUAAAUUGAAGCUCUCUAACCUGUUGAGGAAUUGGGGGUUCUUGUAAAGGAUCCCCAGGGCCUGGCUCUGACAAAGCAUCUGCAAUUAAUGAUGCUUCUUGAGCUCUGGAGACAGGAUUUAUGCAUCUAAUAAAGUCUGUAACCUCAGGCGUGGGGCUAGGGGCCGGAGACUGAGAGCAGGAAGUCCCAGGGGGGUCAUGGGAGGGGAUCCCAGGAGGCUCCUAAUGGAGCAGUGCAUUUCCAUUGCCUGUGCUAGAUUCCCCCAGGCUGCUGUUGGGGGUGGAGGACGGGGGGACAGCAGGUAUAAGAGGCUGGUGUGGCUGUAGGAAAGCGGAUGGCAGCAUGGAUUCCAGGCAGGCUUCUGUGUUGCUGGUGCUGCUGUUAAUGCACUGGAGCCACGCUGAAGGUCCAGGGGUCCAGAAUGAAGGAGACCAUGUCUCUGUGGAGGAAAACAAUGGACUCCUCCCACCACAAGAUGCCCAGACCCCAAGGUCACUCCUGCACUCCCUGCUUCUGGCCAUGGAGAGACCUGGCCGGAGCCCAGCCUUCCUGUUUCAGCCACAGAGGUUUGGCAGAAAUACCCGGAGGACCUGGAAGAAUGAACGGCUGAGUACCCGGGCUGGAGAGGGUCUGAGCUCCCAGUUCUGGAGCCUGGCUGCCCCUCAACGCUUUGGGAAGAAGUGACAUGUCAUCCCUUGACAUGUUUGCAUGCAAAGCCCACACCCAGAAGUGCCACAUGUGCCCCCCAAAUAAAGCUGUCUGGAUUCUGAA